AUGUUGACAAGUGCAUCGGCCAAAUUCCAACCAAUGAUCGACGGUAUCCGAGCAAAUGAACAAACAAUGUCAGGGUACGCCAGCAAGGCCACAAAUCAGCUCACCAUCCACUAUCAAGAGGUCGGUCUACAAAAGCAGGGAGUUGGCCUGCAAAUGCAACAGACUAUGAUGGCCGACCUGUCCGUCAUUCGAGACACCCUAGAGUCAUCGAUGGAGGUCAACAAGAUCUACCUUAACCAGAUCCGCCAAUUAGAGGAAGAGAAAAAGAGCAUGAAGAAGAAGACUCCUCUUGACAAAGCAAAGGAGCUUUUCGAUGACAAUGCGAAACGGUUGGAGCCAACUGCUGCGGCCGAGACUGCUCUUGAGAAGCACAAAUCGCGAAGAGAGAAGGACACCUGCAACUGGAUAUUCGAGCUCGAAGAAUACAAAACUUGGCGCUCGUCAACGGAAAGUAGCCUACUAUGGGUCUCUGGCGUGGGCGGCCUGGGCAAAUCGAUCCUCAUGUCGACCGUGAUCGAUCGACUCCAAGAAGCCUUUAAGGAGGACAAAAGUUGCUCUGCUCAAUACUUCUUCUGUUCGGCGGGCGAAGACUCAACCCGACUAGUUGCAAGAAUUAAGAAGCAGUUGCUGCAUCAGCUAUAUCGAACGGCCCUCUCUGAUGAGUCGUCCGAUACUCUUGACAGGUCCAACGAGGUGAUAUCAAAUUUCCUUGGGAAGAAAGACUCUGCAGAUUCAAAGCCCGGUUCCCAGCAGAAGAAAUCCGAAAAAGCCGUUGGGUUUGAGGACGCCUACCCCAGCCUGGCCAAGAUACUUGGCAAGAAGAUCUUCCUUGUCAUCGACGCUUUGGAUGAGUGCACUGAUCGGAGAGACACUGGGAUACUGAAGACGCUUCAGGAGACACUAUCAGCGUCCGAGCUCCCACUGAAGAUUGUGGUCUGCAGUCGCCCCGAGCCAGAUAUAGUGGACGAUCUCGUCGACAAACCCGCUAUCAAGGUCGAAGAUCACAACGGGCCUGAUAUCGAGAAAGCCGCCAAAGCCAAGCUGGAAGAUUUGCCCGGUCUGUCAUCAGACGAAAGGGCGCUGGCCUGUAAAUCGAUUGUUGAGAAGGCAAAAGGAUUAUUUCGAUGCGUUGACCCGGCAAUUGAAUUCCUGAAAAAACCUUGGCGGCGCCCUCUGGAGAAGAGGUUGGCGGAGUUGCCAGAUGGUCUCGACAACUCGUACCAGCAGAUUUUGCGCCAGACCGAUCCCGAUUACCUGGAGCUUCUCAACGUUGGCUUGACCUGGAGCAUCUUCGCCCAGAUCAAGCCGACUGUCGCUGAAAUUAUGGACGACUACAGCUGCGCCUAUGCGGAGGGCAUUGAGGGCACCGAUGAGAAUCCUUACGACACUAUCGACAACCAUUUGAUUGGGGAUCAAAUCCGAAGAGCAGGAAGCGGCACCUUCCUUGAAGUGGCCGGAAAUGAGGUCUCUGUUCGACACACCACUGUCAAAGAAUUCUUCCUCAAGGCAAAUCCGGCAGCAGACACCCCCAAUGGUCAUUGCGUGGACGACCUGUGUGCUAAAUGCCAAUCGAAAAGGUCUGCUGACCAACCUUUGACCAUGUCUGAGAAAGAGGGGCAGCUUCGCAUGGCUAUUACAAUCUUCAAGCAUCUUAAUUCGCCACUCUUUCAGAGGCGGUACCUUCGAAAAGAAGAUGACGACAUCAAGCCAGCAGAGCCAGCAGAGAUGCAAUUCCAAAUCGGACAGAUGGCGCCGUGA